AUGGCUUCAUCAUUGUUUAAACUAUCAGCUGUCGUUGCAAACUCUUCAAAAAAUUUACGAUGCGUCGUUCGUUUGAUGGAAAAACGAGAUUUUUCUACUACAAAUGUUACAGCGAGGAAAGAAAAGGACACGAUGGGGGAACUGGAUGUUCCUGACGACAAGUUGUACGGCGCACAGACCGUGCGAUCUAUUAUGAACUUCCCCAUUGGCGGUAUUGAAGAGCGUAUGCCUUAUCCAGUGAUUAUCGCGAUGGGAAUUUUGAAAAAGGCGGCCGCUAAAGUCAAUGUUGAAUAUGGAUUGGACAAAAAGCUUGCUGAUGCAAUAAUGCAGGCGUGUGAUGACGUAAUCUCUGGCAAGUUAUACCGUGAAGGACACUUUCCGCUUGUUAUCUGGCAAACUGGCUCUGGGACUCAGAGUAACAUGAACACCAAUGAGGUUAUCGCCAACCGUGCUAUUCAAAUCCUAGGAGGAAAACUGGGAAGCAAGGACCCGGUACAUCCGAAUGACCAUGUGAACAAAUCGCAAAGCUCAAACGACACUUAUCCAACCGCGAUGCAUAUCGCCGUGGCUAUGGAGUUGAGAGACAGAUUGAUGCCUGGUUUAGUGGCUUUGCGAGACACCCUCGAUGGCAAAGCCAAGGAAUUCGAUAAGAUCAUCAAGAUUGGCAGAACCCACUUGAUGGAUGCAGUGCCUCUGACACUUGGACAAGAAUUCAGUGCGUACGUGACCCAAUUGACGUUCGGUAUUGAGCGUGUAUGUUCGACACUACCGCGUCUGCACUACUUGGCGUUGGGCGGUACCGCAGUGGGUACAGGACUCAAUACUAGGAUUGGUUUCGCUGAGAAGUGCGCCAAGGAGAUCUCUAAUCUUACCGGUAUUCCGUUCGAGUCCGCCCCAAACAAAUUCGAGGCGUUGGCGUCACACGAUGCAAUGGUCGAAGUUCACGGAGCGUUGAAUACAAUUGCCGUGUCAUUGAUGAAGAUUGUAAAUGACAUCCGUCUUCUAGCUUCGGGACCUAGGUGCGGUCUCGCUGAACUGCUUUUGCCAGAAAAUGAACCAGGGUCUUCCAUUAUGCCAGGCAAAGUCAACCCGACCCAGUGUGAGUCGUUGACGAUGAUCGCGGCUCAAGUGAUGGGCAACCACAUGGCGUGUACCAUCGGCGGAAGCAAUGGCCACUUCGAACUGAACGUCUUCAAGCCUAUGAUGGUCGCCAACGUCUUAAGGUCUAUACGACUCAUUGGUGAUGGAUGCCAGGCCUUCAACAAGAACUGUGCAGUGGGCAUCAAGGCCAACACUGCCCAAAUUGAAAAGAUCAUGAAGGAGUCGCUGAUGCUGGUCACCGCACUCAACCCACACAUUGGUUAUGAUAAGGCGGCCCUUAUAGCCAAGACGGCGCACAAAGAAGGUGGAACUCUCAAAGAUACUGCCAUUAAACUAGGAAUCUUGACCGCUGAGCAGUUCGACCAGUGGGUGAAACCUGAAGACAUGCUGGGACCGAAAUAG